UUUAUUUGUCUGUCAUCUUGAAUAUUUGAAAAUUAAAUUGAAAUAACUCCUUUUAUCGGAAUCAAAAAAUUUUGUGCCAAGUGUUGUCCAAAUUAAAAAUAUUGCAAAAUGGUAGUUAAACCAAUACAAAUUAAGAAAUCUCGUGAGCAGCGGGCGGGACCCGCAAGUGCCGGUAAAGAAGUGAUUGUCGUGCCUUCCGCCCUCGGCGAUGCGCAGCUCACUCCAGAUCAAUCUGCAACUGAUGCUGAAGCCGUAGAUGUGAUUGACUUGGGCGCUCCGCGGCGUCGUCGCACUAUCGCGAGUCGACACCCGCGUCCUCCGACCACCGUGCCCUAUACUCCCAACCCAAGGCUGUACCCAAGUCCACGCAACAAUUCAGAACGCCAGGCGAGGCGAGCAAGGCGUAAGCGUGUAUUCCGGCGGCCAGUGCCCAACUCACGGCUGUACCGGCCGGGUCCACCCCGCCCUGUGCCACCUCCGGCUACUCCCCGCGCCGCUUGGCCACGACCGGCCUCACCGCCGCGGCCUCCUCACGCGCUCGACACGGCGUCACGGGCCGCGUUGCGCGUGCUCAGCGCGCGCCUCGCGUCACCCGCCCGCCCCGAUAGUCAUCUAGUGGUAACGCUGCCCGCUCGCGGUAUGGAUGCUGUGACGCGUCAUUCGGCUAGCCCGGAGUGCUCGGAGGGAAGUACAGCACCGAGCGAGUUUUUGGCGGAGUUCCUGUCGGCGAUAAUGCGGAGGCAAUACGCUGAGGCGCUCAAAUAUUGCCGUCUUAUACUACAGUACGAGCCUCAUAAUGCGACCGCCCGAGGUUUCUUCCCGCUGCUACAACACAAGGUGGAUGCACACCGAGCAGGAGACACGAGUUCCAGUGAAGAAGCCAUCUCUCCACAGCAUUUCAAAAAUGACUACAUUUGUUCGCAGGCUGGGGACUCGGGGGGUAGCGGGCAGGGCGGGGAGAGUGGGGAAAGUGGGCCAGCCGGAGAGAGUGCAGAAAGCGAGGAAGGCGAAGAGUGGGAGAGAUCUGGCGCUUCGUGGUCAUCUCUGGAACUGGACUCGUCACGUCGCACUGACCGCUCCAGUGAAAGUGUACCGAACUCCACAGAAAGCAGCUCUGCUUCACGUGACGAUAACGGCAAUGACUACACCUCUACGCCCGUGCUAGAUAAUGCGCGUACGCACACAUCACCGACGCCGCCCCCACCUCUAUACGGCCAAGGUGACAUCGAAAACGAAAACGCAAUUGGCGAGCCAGAAGGGGCAGCGUGCACCCUUAAGGCUGUUUCGAGCGGCGCCAGCUCCCUGAGGCGGCUGCGCGCCCACUUCACCUGCUCCAUCAAGUGAGACUACCCCACAUUGUCCCACCACCCCUCAUCUCACAUGCCCCACUGACUGCCUCAACCUACAAUUUUCCUCACAGUUUGUUUUUCGUUUUUAAAACUCUAAAGCUUCUAGACUACACUAACAAUACGCACAGGGUUCAAAAUACUUAAUAUGAUUUUAUUUUCUAUGAAACUGCAACAAGGUGACGUUAUUAAGAAAAUUUUAUGGUAUCCAACUGAUUGUUCCUAUCAUGCGACGGACCCCCCGAGUAAAGGCACAAAUACCAAAUCUUAAAUAUCGAUUUAUAUCCAAGAUACACAAUUCAAAUGCUAAGCGAACCUAAAAACGACGUAAAUACUUAUCACUCUAUAUAAUUUUGUUGGAACUUCGACUUAUCGAUCAAUUUAGUACCUCGGAGUGUGUGUUUUGGAUUAUUUCGUAAGUCCUCUGCUAAAAUGUGAAACUGUCCUCUUACCUAUCAAACCUUGAUAGAAAACUAUUGUUGUAUAAGUAGAUGUACUACUAACAUUGGAUAUAUUUUAUAGAGAAAUUUAUGAUGAUAUCGUAUGGACCUAACUAGUGGCCUAAGGCUGCAAAUCAUGUUAUUGUAGACAUAUCUGUGUGCGUGGAGCAAACGCUCACUUUCGGGGCAAGCGGCGGUCUUACGUUAAAUUAAAACAAGGACUAAAUCAUUCCAAAUACAAAUUGAGUAUCUGCUCUUUCGUCUCUAUGGACUCGUUUAUUUGUUUAUGAAUAGUAUAUAUUCUUUAUUUAAAUACUAAAAAAGAUACAUUGUACGUUCGCUGUCAUUGUCAUUUUCAAAUUUGUCAUAGAGAAUAGCAGAGCGCCGCGCCGCUUGUUCCGGGUGAGCCGAGUGAAAUAAGACUGAACGAAUCGACGACUGUAGUCCUUACUUUCUGUCCCUAUGAUACUCCAUUCUUACUAAACAAGGUUAAUCUGCCUCAUUACGACAGAACCACGUUUAUGAAUAUAAGUACAUAUACGUAUCGACUGUUUCUAUCUAGUAGUAAUCAAAUCGUCUGUUAAGCCGAUUGCUAAUUGAUUUGUUAUGUGGAAUUGAUCUAAGUGUACAUUUUAAUUGUUUAUAACAAAUUAUUACCUUAAUAAAAUUAUAUG